CUGCUAACGUCACAAAAUCCCAGAAUCCUCCGUACUGCUCGGUGAGAAGGUGACAGGGGACGGCUAACAUGGCCUCUGCCUAUCUCACUCACAAGCAGAAGGUGCUGCGGCUUUAUAAGAGGUCUCUGAGACACCUUGAGUCGUGGUGCAUAUUUAGAGACAAAUACCGUUUCUAUGCCUGCUUGCUGCGAGCUCGCUUUGAUGAUAACAAGAAUGAGAAGGAUAUGGUGAAGGCCACCAUGAUGCUGAAGGCAGGAGAGGAGGAGUUCUGGGCCAACCAACAUCCUCAGCCCUAUAUCUUCCCCGACUCUCCUGGAGGGACCUCCUACGAGAGAUACGAGUGCUACAAGGUCCCAGAGUGGGUGCUGGACCACUGGCACCCCUCAGAGAAGGCCAUGUAUCCUGAUUAUUUCUCCAAGAGAGAGCAGUGGAAGAAACUGAGGAUACAGAGCUGGGAGAAAGAGGUUUCCCAGCUAGAGGCUGAGACCCCAGAUGGAGGCCCCAGGACCGAAGCCCUCCCUCCUGCCCGCAAGGAGGGUGACCUUCCCCCUCUGUGGUGGCAGUUUGUCACUCGUCCCAGGGAGCGCCCCACAUAAAGAUCUAUUUCACAUGGGCCUGCAGACUGAGGGAAACCACAUAACAGCACGAAGACAGGCUGACCCCCUCAUUACUGUCCGUGUCAUUUCUGAAGGAGUUCACCCUAAUUAAAAAAAAAGAAAAAAUUGCUUUCUGAAUUCAGAGUGACAAAGUUAUCCUGUAUAUGUACCACUUAAUUCCUGUUAUAAUAAAUAAUUGUAUGAUCAAA